UGAGAGGAUGGUAGAGCAGACACGGGGAUAUGCUACCUUGAUUUACUGCUUGCAUAACCGUGUGAAUAAAGGCUUGAUGUGACGAGGGAGAGAGUGGAAAGAAAGAGAAAGCAAAUGUCUGCUCUAGGCCGGAGAGACAACACAUAUUCGUCGCAGUUCCGGAAGGAGGAUACUGACGGCGACCCAGUAGGCCAACAGGACCCAGUACUAACCAUAUCUGCCGAUGACAGGGCAAGGUUGAAGUACCCCCAAUGGGCGCCAGUGUGGGAUCGGAGACAGGAGCUGAAGUUUGAGAAUCCCAAGCCAUUCAUUCACGUGGACAGAGCGUUGUUUGGGGAUCCGACAUUCGAGUCUUUGCUAUCGGUUACUGGGGUUGAGCACGAGAGACUCAGUCCAAAGCUGGGCUCUGUGGUGAAGGGGCUUCAAUUGAGUGAGCUGACUGCAACCCAAAAGGACGACCUGGCGUUGCUUGUAGAACAACGAGGUGUUGUGGCUUUUAGAGGCCAAGACUUCAAGAGCCAGAGCUUUGAAUUCAUCAAGAAAUGGGCUACCCACUUUGGGCCCCUGCACGUCCAUCCGACCUCGGGAUCCCCGCUUGGCCAGAGUGUGUUCCACACCACGUUUCGCAGAGGCGGCGCCAGCGAGCAGAAGAACAUGAUGUCUGACCGGCUGAAUGCGUUGAUCUGGCACUCAGACGUGUCGUACGAGCGGCAGCCGCCGGGAAUCACCAUCUUCACUAUGCUACAGACCGGCGUGGGUGGAGAUACACAGUUUAUUGAUACGAUCGAGGCGUACGAGCGUCUCAGUCCCCUGAUGCAAGAACUCAUCCAGCGUCUGAGGGUCUUUACGACCUCGAAAGACCUCACCUCUGUUUCUGCAAGCAAAGGCGGCGUUGUUCGGAAGGAGUCCGUCGACUCGGUUCACCCCCUCGUGAGAUACCAUCCUGUCUUGCGCAGGAAAUGUCUUUUCAUCAACAAGUCUUUUUCGAGGAAGAUUGUGGGGCUGAAGAUGGAGGAAUCCGACUCCCUCCUAAUGUUUCUGCUGCAUCGCAUAGAAAGCUGCCUGGACGCACACGUCCGGGUCCGCUGGGACGAGGAAACUGUCGUUAUUUGGGACAAUCGCCGACUUGUGCACACGGCGACCUUUGACUGGGACUCCAACGACAUCCGGCACGCUUUCCGGGUCACCACGCAGGCCGAGAGACCAGUCGCAACGGAAGCAGAGUACCACCGGUGGACGCCAAAGCUUGAGCAGGAGCCCUUUGCUGUGUAUAAAGAGUAGUAUUAUGGAAUAAACAGGUAAACAUAAACAGGUAAUUAG